CAUACUAUCAUAAUAUCCACUAUAUCCGACCAAUUGAAGUACCCGGCUACACUGACACGAGCCGAGGGAGGCCCACCGCUUUGAUCAGACGGAAAAGUAAAAAGCUAAACAUUUUUACCCGCCUUGGACCAGCUCGAAAUCACGACCACGACACAGAGUUUUGAGCAGAAAGUGCGACACCGUUUGAUUUUUCUUUGAGAAUGUGGCGAUAAACCUGAGGUUAGAGAGAAGAAGAAAAAAAGGCGGACUGCGGCUCAUUGAACGAUCAACAAGUUGAAGUGUGUUUGAUGGAGAGAACUACAUGAAAUCCCCUCCGCCACAACAGGAACAGAGGACGAGCAGCAGCAGCAGAGAGGAGACAUUUUAAGACGACGGUACCCGCAUACAGUGAAGUGAAGAGAGAUGUUGUCUCAGCUGAGAGAGCAGAUAUGGGCCGAUUGGAUUUGGUUUCCAGAAGGCCACGGCUGGGCCGACUUGAAAGACCACGAUGGUCAUGUUUUCCCUAAAACAGAGGACCUCUGGGCUACUAUACCCAUCGCUUUCUGCUUCCUGGUCUGCAGACAGAUAUUCGAGAGGACAGUAGCGACUCCUCUUGCCUCCCUGUUGGGAGUGAGUGACAAGCAGCGUGUUCGUGCUCCUCCAAAUCCCGUCCUGGAGUCCUAUUUCUGCAGCACAUCAAAGCAUCCCACACAGAGCUCCAUAGAGAGUUUAAGUAAACAGGCGGGCUGUUCAGUGCGACAGGUCCAGAGGUGGUUCAGGCGGCGGAGGAACCAGGACCGGCCAAGCAAGCUCAAAAAAUUUCGGGAAGCAAGUUGGAGAUUUACCUUUUACCUUCUUGCUUUCUUUGCUGGCCUGGCAGUCCUUAUUGACAAACCAUGGCUGUAUGAUAUGAAGCAGAUGUGGGAUGGCUUCCCGAAAAUGCCACUGUUGCCUUCACAGUACUGGUACUACAUGAUCGAGCUAGGCUUCUAUCUCUCGCUGCUUUUUAGCGUAGCAUCGGAUGUCAAACGUAAGGAUUUCAAAGAGCAGAUAAUUCACCAUGUAGCCACCAUCGCCCUCAUCAGUUUCUCCUGGCUGGUCAACUACAUCCGGGCAGGGACUUUGAUCAUGUUAGUGCAUGACGCCUCCGACUAUUUAAUGGAGUCAGCCAAAAUGUUCAACUACGCAGGUUGGAGGAAAACCUGCAACUUCAUCUUCACAGUGUUCGCUGCAGUUUUCAUCAUCACCCGCCUCAUAAUCCUCCCCUUCUGGAUCAUAUACACGACGUGGGUGUACCCCCUGACUCUAUAUCCCCCCUUCCUCGGUUUCUACUUCUUCAACGGGCUAAUGUUUGUGCUACAGACUCUGCACAUCUUCUGGGCUGCACUCAUCUUGCGUAUGGUCGUCAAAUUCCUGCCAGGCAAUGAUAUCGUAGAGGACGAGCGCAGUGAUAAAGAGGAGACGGAGUCAGAAGAGGAAGACGACGAGCAGAGAGAAAAGUUUAGGAACGGCCACGUGCAGAACGGCCACACUGUCCUCAACAACAACCACAGUAAGAGGGACUAAUCGGACUGAGAGAUGAGGCUGUGUGAGGAGUGACGAUGGGCCCUCACAUGUGGCCCUUACCCGAAAAGCCAAAGAACGGGAGCGUGGCAUGUCUAAAGGGGCAACAGGCGGCAGCACACACACACACACACACACACACACACACACACACACACAAAUACACACACACAUAUGCAUCUUUACCCUCCUUUCUGAAACCCUGCUAAUCCAGUGUGGGUAAUUUCACUUCUCUGUGGAUUACAUUGAAUUAAACAGAGAGAGGAAGACUGCGGUGGAGAACCACAAUGAUCUGCUUAGCACCUAAGCAGCAGAGUGGUUAUCUCAUUAAACACACACCUUCUCUUCUUUUCUCUCCCCUCCAGUCUCUUUUGCUUUUUGCCAGCAUUUUGUGCUGUUGACCAAGUUGCCACAUGCCAGAUCUGCCUGCUUGUAGCUUUAUGUUUUGUUCCUGGAGGCGUUUUAAAGAGACGCUGUGGUUAGGACAGGCACUCCCUUCCUGCACAGUCAGUUAAAACUCCUCCAAGUAUUACCGCCCUUAAACUUGACUGAUUUUGUUUUGCUCUAAGUAACCACACUGAAGUCAGUGACACGGUGAGGAGCUCUAAGGUGAAUGAUGUCUUUCUAUGGACCAUAACCUGAUUUACGUCUAUUUACUGAAGUAUCAGUUAAUAACCAACUUGUGCAAGUUAGUUAUUGCAGCUGCCAGUUUGUCACUUUCUAAAAAUAUAUUUGUUCCAGUAAUGUUUAAAACAAAGUAAUUGGAGUAUCUUUUUUUUUUAACAGUCUGAAAAAAGUGCGAGAAGGUGCUACAUCCGCCACGUGUGUCUGAAUUGUGCCUUGUAUGGAAGUUUGUCUUAAAUGCUUUGCCUUUGUGGGAAGCAGAAUGCACAGAGAUCAUUUUUAAAUGUUUUGUUGAUGCUUAAUAUCUUUUUAGUUUUGUGAUUUUAUUUUUGCUUCAUGUUUUAUUUGUUUUCAGUCCAGUCGACAGUUUAAAUUUGGGAGCAAUUAGUUUGAGCGUAACCCAAACCAAUCAUCAACUGUUUAUGAAUUCAUUAUGGGCUGAAGAGUCAAUAGCAUUUCCAUUCAGUGUUGUUUUUCCCAUCCAUCCAAAGAUGCACUUUAUGGUUUCUCCUAUAGAUCAGCAUCGACUAAAUAUAGUAAACAAGCAUAGUUAUGGUGUUUGAUUUCACUUCAAACCUGAUUUCUUUUUAAGUUCAGAGAGUAUGAUUUCAGUUUUGUUUCAUAUUUAUUCUCGAUAUUACACCUGAGAUCUUCCUCAUUGUCAGUGUUUUGGUUCAUUUUGUAGAAAGGAAAAAAAAUAUGUUUAAUGAAUUCUCAAGUAAAGAGGUAAAAAUGAAACACCAAAGUAUGGUUUACAUUUUGUACUACCUUGUCAUUUUCAAGUGCCUUCAUCAUUUCAAGUGUUAAAUGUAAAGAGAAAUGUUAUAUUUCUGUCCCUUUUGUCUUUAUUUCUGCUGUCUUUGUGCCCCAACACGUCCAACACUCCAUGCACUGUAACGCUCUGGACCUCUAACUUUCCCUGCCUCGGCUCACGACGACCAAUCACCUGCAGCAGCUCCCUCUAAAGAGCUUUGUUUUUAUUCUGCAUUGUGUUGCUGAGAUGUAAAAUCGUAACGACAACGAUAAAGAUAAUUGUGGAUGACUA